AUGGAUGUGAAAUCCGCGCAUUUACCGCCUAGCCAGGUACAGGCACGCCAGGUACCUCAUCGAUAUGCUCGUUGGGGAUUGUCUCUAGCCGCUGCAGUGCUGAUUCUUUUCGUCUGGCCUGUCCCCCCAUCUUCCUGGAAGGUGGUCAAGCCUUUGGACAUUUCAGUCAUCUGGGACGAAAUCAUUCCUUCGCAGUCGCUGGAGUAUCAAAAUUGCGGCGAUGAGUUCCAAUGCGCGAGGCUGGAAGUACCAAUGGAUUACCAACGGAUAGACGGACAAGGUCGCACAUUCGCCCUGGCUGUUGUCCGACUACCAGCCAAGGUCCCUGUCACAGAUCCACGAUAUGGAGGCGCGGUUCUGAUCAACCCAGGCGGGCCUGGUGGACCGGGAACAACGCAAGCUUUCGUGGCGGGUCGCAAUCUUCAGCUGAUCAUUGAUGCGGAAGCCGACCCAGACCAGACUGGAGAAGAGAGUGGCAAUAGAUAUUUCGAUAUUAUCGGAUUUGAUCCUCGUGGAGUAGGAUCCACAAGUCCUCCAGUGAUGUGUUUCCCUGAUCCCGUAUCCCAAAGGAACUGGGAAUUACAAAUCUCGGCAGAAGGCAUGCUGGGGAGUGGACUGGAUUCCUUGCAGAGAAACUGGCAACGCACUGAAGCACUCAACUCGGGCUGUUCUGUAUUUGAUAUGUCAAGUCUAGGAGCAGACGAACCAAUGAUGUCCUAUGUAAAUACACCACUCGUUGCGCAGGACAUGCUGGCCAUCAUCGAACGCCAUGGAGAAUGGCGGGAGAAGGAAGGCCAAAGGGCCCGGGCAACCCACAACAAGUGCCGUGGACAGGACGAAGUAAGCAAAAUCUUGAAUCGUACUCAAUGGCAUCGCGGAGAAGAGCCACUUCUUUAUUGGGGCCGCUCAUAUGGUACCCUGCUGGGCGCCACGUUUGCAUCGCUCUUCCCAGAGCGAGUCGCCCGAGCUGUGCUCGAUGGCGUAGUCGAUAUGGUGAGAUACUACCAAGGAACAGGACCGAACGUUGUUGUUGAUGCAGAUGCCAUAUUUGAUCGAUUUGGCCAGUACUGUAAUGAGGCUGGACCUGAGGGAUGUCCCUUUUAUAUAGAGGGUGGUCCAGACGCCAUAAAGGUAGCAUACUGGAAACUUGAGCAGCAGAUUCUUAACACUUCGAUCCCUGUCAUGGCUUCUGCGGAACGGGGGCCAGAAGUUGUAACCUGGACGGACAUCAAAGAGAUUCAACGCUUUGCCAUAUACCAGCCCCUCCUUGCAUUCCCCGUUCUGGCAGACAGAAUGACCGAGUUGGGAAACGGGAAUGCCAUUCCUAUGGCUGACUUCAAGCACGGGAGCCAAUUCGGCGCGUGUCCGUCCAACAAAUGCAGUCUUGCGGGGCCUUGGUCGCCAGAAUGUGCUACAACGCAAGAUAAUUUCCUCUACGCCAUGGCUGCUAUUAUGUGCUCAGAUGCAGAAUAUCUGACAACUCUAAAUAUUGAGCAAUUCCGGACAGAAUGGUCUAGCCUUCUAGCUGACAGUGCAUCUUUGGGUGAUUAUUGGGCUCAAUUACAACUGAGCUGUGUUGGGUGGAAAGCCAAGGCUAAAUACCCUUUCGCAGGACCGUGGGGUACUACUACCGCUCAUCCCAUGCUUUUCGUAUCAAAUACUCUAGAUCCAGUGACUCCUCUCCACGGUGCCAAACACAUGUCCCAGAUUUUCCCAGGAUCUGGGUUGCUCCAGCAAGAAUCAGAAGGACACACAACUCUCACAGCUCCAUCAAUCUGCGUGGCGAAGGCCAUUCGCCAUUACUUCCAAACUGGCACACUACCAGUGGUAGGAACUCUGUGCCAAGCCGAUUUGAAGCCAUUGGUUGGAUCUCCGCAUAAUCGCACGACGAUCAGCCAAAGCUUCAGCCUAGCCGACCGUAAAUUGUUCGAGGCAUUGAUGGCAGAGGUCCAGCGAGCGCCUCUGUUUCCACCAUCGAGGUUCCCAACAUCUAAAUUUCAUGACGACUAA